CACAUGCUCAUGCAUGCACGCAAGAGCACACAGUCACAGACAGUGGUAGAACGGGGCCAACCAGACAAAAUCAGGAUAUGACAUCAUUCCCAGGAAGAAAGGCCAAACAACUUUUUUUUCUUCGUCUUUAACUUUUUCCCCCUCCUUUGCUGUGCUGUGCAGUGCUGUGGUGUGUUGUGUUGUGUGCCACUGAGUAAGUUCGGAGCCUCCUGGUCUGGUUUGGUCUGGUGCUGUCUGAAAGGGAGGGAGUGUCCGGAGGCACAAGAGGGGACAAAUCAAAUCAGUCUCCCGUUCGUGGGGAGUUCUAUUUGAGCCACUGACACAGGAAUUCUCCCGAGCCUUCCCACGUCUCGCCAUAACAUUCCAAACCAUUCAAGUGGGACUCAGGCCAGGGCGGGUCCUGUUGCUCCUCCAUUGUCCACAGCAUGAGAUAACAUUUCUGAAAGAGCGCUCUUUGCAACAUUCCUGUUGUUCUACUUCGGAAAAAAAAAAACAGCCAAGAUGAACCUCUGCCUUGGGCAAGUGUUCAGCAAAGAUAAGACGUUCAGGCCGCGGAAGCGCUUCGAGCCUGGCACGCAGAGGUUUGAGCUGUACAAGAAAGCCCAGGCCUCGCUCAAGUCCGGCCUGGAUCUGCGCAAAGUGGUUCAGCUGCCUGAAGGCGAGAGCCUCAACGACUGGAUUGCGGUGCAUGUGGUGGACUUCUUCAAUCGCAUCAACCUCAUCUACGGCACGGUCAGUGAGUUCUGUUGCGAGCGCACCUGCCCUAUAAUGUCCGGUGGCCCGCGCUACGAGUAUCGCUGGCAGGACGGUGACCACUACAAGAGACCCACCAAGCUGCCUGCGCUGAUGUACAUGAACCUGCUCAUGGAUUGGAUCGAGACGCUCAUCAAUAAUGAGGACAUCUUCCCCACAAGAAUAGGUGUUCCCUUCCCAAAGAACUUCCAGCAGGUGUGCAAGAAGAUCUUGAGCCGACUGUUCCGAGUCUUCGUUCACGUGUACAUCCACCACUUUGAUGUUAUUUGUAGUAUGGGGGCAGAGGCUCACAUAAACACCUGCUACAAACACUACUACUUCUUCAUCUCUGAGUUUAGCCUCAUCGAACACUCAGAGCUUGAACCUCUGAAAGAAAUGACAGAAAAAAUCUGUAACUAAUGAGCAAGUAACUCAUGGAACCUUAAAGGACCGAUGGACCAGCAUCACACCAAAAAAACGAAGAUCCAAGCAAGUGGACAGAAGGUCUAGUAUAGGCCUAUAAGAGACUCUAUCUGAUGAUGGCUUGCCCUUUUCUUGACUUUCUUAUUACAGUGAUACUUUAUUGAUGCUGUUUCUGAAACUGUGGUAUCCUCUGCUGUUUCUUAAACUUUGGUAUCUGUUUUUUCCAGCAUUAUUUAUGCAUGUCAAGUUUCAGCACACUUUUGGACCGCAAAUGUGAUUUUUUUUUCUUUCUUUUUUUUCAAUUUGAUAGCCUAUAUUUUUUCUGCAUGACUUUUAUAGCAGGAAAGAUGAGCCGAAAUGCUUAAACUACAUAGCCUACACUUGAAUCAUUAACAUUCCAGUGUUGUAUGAUGACUCCAAAUGCACAAUUUUGGAUAGCCUAGGUGCAGCGCAACAGUGACAAAGGCUACCAUGACGGUUGUUUCCACUUAAGUGUUUAUCAAUUCGUAUGCGGCUUGUUCUAGAAGUGCCAGUUAUCCAGUAGUUUUUAUUUAUUGUUCAGAUUAAAUCUCAACCAACCUUAAAUUGUUGAUUUUUGGUACCAAGCUUGAAAAGCAGUGUAUGUGUAAUUUGUCAUGAUGUUGUUGUUGUUGUUGUUGUUGUUGUUGUUGUUGUUGUUGUCGUUUUUAAUAAUAAAUGCAGUAGCCUGUUAA